CAGAUCCCUGCACUGGUGCUAAUUUCCGUACAACCCUAAUGAGGUAGAGGCUCUAUCCCCUUAAUGUUGUCCUUCAAAUCCUAUCAGCACUGCAGCCUGACAGAGAGCGAGGGCUGUCGGAACGUGUCGGGGAUCAGCUAGAGAGACUUUUAGCCGGAGUCAGAGCUGAGAAAUACCACCAGGAGUGAAUCUGGAAAGGGUUUGCAGUGGAGUUGACGCAAACAUGAUGGUGCAGGUUAAUCAAAGACUGGUUGAUGGGUGUCCAGAGCUGCUGAAAGAUACAGUAAAAUGCAAUACCUGAAGUCUUAAAUUCAGCUUUUACUGCCUUUCUGGCUUUUGCUUUGAAACUAUGAGUCCAGUGUCCAGUGCAACUACCCAUUAUUUUCAUUAUAGAUUAAUCUACCAGUUAUUUUCUCAAUUAACUGAUGAAUCUUUUAGUAUAUACAGUGUCAAAAUAUUCAAAAUUGCCCAUGAAAAGUUUCCAAAACUUGCUUUGAACUCUUCAGAUAUGUUGUUCUAGCUGGAAAAUAAUCAAAACCCUAAGAUAUUCAUUCUUCCUAAAAACUGUAGAGUGAAUUUAUGUUUUUUUUUUUUUCUUUAAAACGACUCCAAACGCUUGACAAUCAAGUAAAUUAUCUUUUUUUUUUCUCAGUGAAGUACAUCUCCACAGCUGACUGGGCUUGUGUAACUGAGCCUUAUUUUCUUCCAUUUAUCAUCACAGAAUUUCUCACAUCAGCUGGCAGCAGAGCCAGUGUGUACAGUACGAGUGCAUAAAAACAGCACCGAGUGGAGCCACAGCCGCACCUGCAGAAAUCUCCAAGAAUUACCAACCUGGAGGAAAGCGAGCUAACCAGAGUGACAGAGGAGGGUUAAGGACUCCAAACGAAAACAAACAAGGACGGACCGGGCAUCUUUUAUUCCAACAUGCGAGUGAAACCUCUCUAAAGAAUGGCAGCGAUGGGUUAGACAGGAUUUAACAUGACUGCAAAAUAAAAGCCACUGUGUGUAAAAGAUGUCUGCUCCACACGGGCCCCGGGGCGGCCCUGGCCCUGCUGCUGCUGCCUCAGCGGCCGGCGCCAUGCCGGAGAUGCCGGACCUCAGCCACCUCACCGAGGAGGAGAGAAAGAUCAUCCUCGGUGUCAUGGACCGACAGAGGAAGGAGGAAGCGAAGGAACAGUCGAUGUUAAAGAUCAAAGAAGAACCAAAGCCUCAGCCGGCACAGUGGUUUCCCUUUAGUGGGAUCACUGAGCUGGUAAAUAACGUUCUUCAGCCCCAGCAAAAGUCCCAAAAUGACAAGGAGCCAGAGCCAGACGCGAAGUUGCACCAGCAGUUUGAAUCGUAUAAGGACCAGGUUAAGAAGAUGGGGGAGGAGUCUAAGCAGACUCAGGAUCAGAAGAGCGAAGCCCCGACCUGCGGGAUAUGCCACAAAACCAAGUUUGCCGAUGGCUGUGGCCACCUCUGUUCAUAUUGCCAAACGAAAUUCUGUGCUCGGUGCGGAGGACGAGUGUCUCUGCGGUCAAAUAAGGUUAUGUGGGUAUGCAACUUGUGCCGAAAACAACAAGAAAUCCUCACCAAAUCGGGGGCGUGGUUCUACGGUUCGGGGCCUGGUCAGGUUCGGGGCGUGUUUGAGGGCGGGCCACAGGGGAAGAAGGCCAAACUGCAGGACCCGUCCCUGUACCCCUACCAGGGAGCCUCAGGGGACUUGACACCAGCGUCAGACAGAAGCAGACCUCACGGUGGGCUCCUGCCCAGACAGGGGUCCCUUGACAACGGUUCAGGACUGAGGUACUCGGGACCAGGUGACGCACCCAUAGACAGGAAACGAAGCCCAUCUGCAUCCAGGGAUCCAAACCAAAAAUACGACCAAAGGGAGGGGGGUGACCACUCACAGUAUGCCCCGACGGACGGCGGCAUGCCCAGAUCACCGUCUGACUAUGGGGAUGGGGACCCUCGGCGGGCUCCGCGGGGCCCACACAUGUACCCAGACGUGGAUGCGGCACGGAUGGGCUACCGGGAUCGGCGGGGCCCUGGACGCUGGCACUCCCAGGAAUACCCACUGGACCAGGAGCUAGAUGGACCACCCAGCGAGUAUGACCUCCAGCAGCAGCGUCAGGAGGAGUUUCAGGCACGCUAUCGCAGCGACCCCAACCUGGCACGCUAUCCUGUCAAGCCGCAGCCCUACGAGGAGCAGAUGAGAAUGCAUGCUGAGGUGGGCCGCUUGAGGCAUGAGCGCCGCCACAGUGAUGUUUCCCUGGCUUACACGGAGCAGGAUGACCCCGGCCCCAUCCGGCUGUCCCGACAGCAUCUCACCGAGCGCCGGCCGCCUAUGGUGGGACAGCGCUCCUACUCUGUUGAUCGCUCCUCCCCAGGGCCCAUGGGUCCUGGCCUUGGAGGUCACAGAACCUCCAACCACAGCCCCCCAACACCACACCGCAGCCCUGUGCUGGGCGACCGAUCAGGGGACCUGCGGAGAGGAGACCUGGGUGUAGGUGGGGAUCCCAUGAGGAGGCAGCAGCACCACUUGGACCCCAGUUCAGCUGUUCGCAAAACCAAGAGGGAGAAGAUGGAGAGCAUGCUGAGGAACGACUCUCUCAGCUCAGACCAGUCGGAGUCGGUGCGGCCACCACCCCCAAAGCCCCACAAAACCAAAAAGGGAGGGAAGAUGCGGCAGGUGUCACUGAGCAGCUCAGAGGAGGAGCUGGCCACCACACCGGAGUACACCAGCUGUGAGGACGUGGAGAUAGAGAGUGAGUCAGUCAGUGAGAAAGGGGACAGUCAAAGGGGAAAAAGAAAAACUAUUGAGCAGGCAUUUAUGUCCGAGCCGACACACACCUUAUCUGAGAGGCAAAAGAAAAUGGUGCGCUUUGGGGGACACUCAUUUGAAGAGGACUUGGCAUGGUGUGAACCGCAGGUUAAAGACUCGGGAGUUGAUACGUGCAGUAGCACUACCCUAAACGAGGAGCAUAGCCAUAGUGAGAAGCACCCGGUGACGUGGCAGCCAUCCAAAGAUGGGGAUCGCCUAAUAGGGCGUAUUUUGCUCAACAAGCGAAUGAAAGAUGGAAGUGUGCCUCGAGACUCAGGAGCUCUGCUUGGUCUGAAGGUGGUGGGAGGCAAGAUGACAGAAUCUGGUAGACUUUGUGCUUUCAUCACUAAAGUGAGGAAAGGAAGUCUAGCAGACACUGUUGGACACCUCAGACCAGGUGACCAGGUGCUGGAGUGGAAUGGGAAACUUUUACAAGGAGCCACGUUUAAAGAAGUUUACAAUAUCAUACUAGAAUCCAAGCCUGAGCCGCAGGUGGAGCUGGUGGUCUCACGGCCUAUAGGAGAUAUUCCAAGGAUACCAGACAGCACACAUGCACAACUGGAAUCAAGUUCAAGUUCUUUUGAGUCUCAGAAGAUGGAUCGCCCGUCUAUCUCUGUCACAUCCCCCAUGAGUCCCAGUAUGUUGAGGGACGCCCCCCAGUACCUGUCAGGACAGCUUUCAAGCCAAAGCCUUAGUAGAAGAACAACGCCUUUUGCCCCUAGGGUCCAGGUCAAACUCUGGUAUGACAAAGUGGGCCAUCAACUAAUUGUCACCAUCCUGGGCGCCAAAGACCUGCCACCCAGGGAAGAUGGUCGGCCUAGGAAUCCUUAUGUCAAAAUCUACUUCCUCCCUGAUAGAAGCGACAAAAGCAAGAGGAGAACAAAAACGGUAAAGAAAUCCUUAGAGCCCAAAUGGAACCAGACCUUUAUGUAUUCGCCGGUGCACCGGCGAGAGUUUCGGGAGCGCAUGCUGGAGAUUACAUUGUGGGACCAAGCCAGGGUGAGGGAGGAGGAGAGCGAAUUCCUGGGAGAGAUCCUGAUUGAGCUGGAGACGGCUCUUCUGGAUGAUGAGCCACACUGGUACAAGCUACAAACACAUGAUGUGUCCUCCAUCCCCCUCCCACGUGCCUCCCCGAAUGCACAGCGCAGGCAGCUCCAUGGAGAGAGUCCAACAAGGCGACUGCAGAGAUCCCAGAGGAUAAGUGACAGUGAAAUCUCAGACUACGAUUGUGAAGAUGGUGUUGGGGUAAUAACAGACUACCGGCCAAAUGGCAGAGACUUCCAGAGCUCCACGUUGUCUGUCCCUGAGCAGGUGAUGUCAUCUAACCACUGCUCUCGGUCGGCUGAUAUAAACAGGGCCCGGUCACGUUCUCCCAGCGUUCCCCCACCCUCCAGCCGCAACCAUCGUGUGUACCCGAUCUGCAGAGAGGAAGCAGUCAGGUUACUGCGUUCCACUAGGAUGGCCCGCGCCUAUUCUGAGGGCGCCUACUCCUCCGACUAUGACUACGAGAGGAACCAUGGAGCCAUGGAUAGACACGAGUAUCACAGCAGGUCCCGCUCUGCAGACCAGCGGCCCACUAUAGAGCGCCCCACGUCCCGCUCACGCUCCACUGAACGCCCCCACGACUCUUCGCUCAUGAGGUCCAUGCCAUCUCUGCCAUCUGGGAGGUCCGCCCCCCCCUCACCUGCCUUGACGAGGGCACACCCUCGUAGUGGAUCAGUCCAGACCAGUCCCACCAGUACCCCCAUGUCCAGUAGACGAGGACGGCAACUACCACAGCUUCCACCCACAGGGAAGGACAGAAAAGAUGGAGAUGAUGGAACAGAGCCUUGUGAAGGUAUGGACAUGGAGGAGAGAACCAGGCAGAUGAAACUGAAGAUGAACAAGUACAAGCAGGGAGCAGGCUCUGACUCCAGACUGGAGCAGGACUACCACAAGCGUUCAGGCAGAGAUCCACGGGGCUCAGAUAACCUGUCGGCCAAGUCAUCGGACAGUGAUGUAAGCGACGUGUCCGCUGUGUCGAGAACUAGUAGUGCCUCUCGGUUCAGCAGCACGAGCUACAUGUCUGUCCAGUCAGAAAGGCCGCAAGGAAAUCGCAAGAUCCGUGACUUUGCAUCCAAAAUGAAAAACAGGCAAAUGGGCUCAACGGGCGGGAUGAACAUCACCAAGAGCACAAGCAUCAGCGGUGACAUGUGUAACCUGGAGAAGACAGACGGCAGCCAGUCGGACACGGCGGUUGGCACGGUAGGCACUGACGACAAGAAGAGGCGCUCCAGCAUUGGUGCCAAAAUGCAGGCCAUGGUUGGCAUGUCGCGCAAGAGCCGGAGCACCUCUCAGCUCAGCCAAACAGAAGCGGGAGGCAAGAAGUUGCGCAGCACUAUCCAGAGGAGUACAGAGACGGGCCUGGCAGUGGAGAUGAGGAGCAGGAUGACUCGGCAGGCCAGCCGAGAGUCCACAGAUGGCAGCAUGAACAGCUACAGCUCCGAGGGAAAUCUCAUCUUCCCUGGUGUGCGGCUCUCCUCAGACGCCCAGUUCAGUGACUUCCUGGAUGGUCUGGGUCCUGCCCAGCUGGUCGGACGACAGACUUUGGCCACUCCUCCUAUGGGUGACAUCCAGAUAGGCAUGGUGGAGAAGAAAGGAGCACUGGAGGUGGAGGUCAUCAGAGCCCGUGGCCUUGUGGGAAAACCAGGUUCCAAGGCACUGCCAGCACCAUAUGUAAAGGUCUAUCUUUUGGAAAAUGGAGUCUGCAUAGCCAAAAAGAAAACAAAAGUAGCAAGAAAAACCUUGGAUCCUCUUUACCAGCAGCAACUGCCGUUUGAGGAGAGUCCAGGAGGAAAGGUUUUACAGGUCAUCGUAUGGGGCGACUACGGACGUAUGGACCAUAAAUCUUUCAUGGGAGCAGUUCAGAUACUGUUAGACGAGCUGGACCUGUCCAACAUGGUGAUUGGCUGGUUCAAGCUCUUUCCUCCUUCCUCACUGGUGGACCCUACUCUGGCCCCACUGACAAGAAGAGCUUCCCAAUCCUCACUGGACAGUUUCUCUCGAUCAUAGCAGCGUGUGGACUGAUAGCGUUGUUGUAGCAGCCAGUGUUGCGAUUACAGGUCACGCCCCCCGGUUACACUGCAUGCUUGAUGUUGUGUCUUCUGAGCCUGUUUCUAGGGGUGCAAACGUGAUCCUGUGUUUUGAGCAAAAACGUCGCGCACAUUGUGCACAUGGCGAAGCGUGUUGCAACCGCCUGGCGGCCAGGAUUGCCAGGUGUUGUUGUUGUUGUUUGGAGGAAGCUGGAAUGAACUCCUUAGCACGAGGAAUCUGUCAGUUCCAGGUUUUCAUCCAAUUCGAAGCCAUGGGGGUCAGUACUGGGAACCGCUAAACGAGUUCUACAGAAGCCCUUUUCGAAUGAAAAAUAAAUGUUUUGCUUAGAUUUUUUUUUUCAUUUGUUUUCAUUUGUUUUGUUUAGUUUUUUUUUUCUUUUUUCUUUAAAUGUCAAUGUUCUUGUAUCUGAAGGGGGUGAUAGUGUUUCUAACCAGAUGCUUGGUCACGCCACGCCAACAGACCUAGCUGUGUAGAUGGAGUUUUGGAGACCAUCACUUUGGGUGAGGUGUGUCCCAGCUUGUAUCCACACUCCCCCGAAACCCAAAAGAAACGCCCCUCAUACUCUAGGUUUAUGUACUGAAUCAAAACACUCUGGUAAAUCACCAGAAAGACUUCAAAGUAAAUCAGAGGCAAUAUUGAAGUGGCUACCAUCAACACCUCAGAAUAUACAGUAACGACCCAAACCCCAUGAAAAGAUGUACAAUCUACCAUCAUUCUUUCUCUGUUGAUAUAUUGUAUGAAAAUUAAAUUGAGAUUUUUUUUUUUUUCCUUUUUAGUUAAUUUGCAUGGACACAAAUUUAGCUGAAUUAAAAAAAAAAGAAAAUUAUUUUCUUGAGGCUGCAACUUGCAAAAAAGAUGAAAAAUAAAUAAAACAGAUCAGCCAUUUUCAACAAUUUAUAUUAUUUUUAAAGAUAAAUUUCACUAGUGCAUGGUUUUCAAGGGGAGUGAAUGCAACAUCGUGAUUAAAAAAAAGACAUUGUUUAUCAUUCUUUAGACCAUUCGUGAGUCUGUGUUUUGCAGACAUGCAGAUAAGGGAAACUUAAAGGAAACUUUUGGAGUUAUUUAACAGAAAAUGUUUAUGUGACAAAAAGUGAUAAUGAAAAUAAAUGUAAAUUAUUUAUUUCAUUGUAAAAAGGCUCAGGCCUUAUAAAGAUAAACAUUAUGUGCAAAUUGUACAUGUUUCUCUUUUUCUUCCUUGUCCCAGGGUACCUCUCAUUGUACUAUUCAUUGCUACCAUUGUUCAGUCCCCUGAUAUUGUCCAGAUUUUAGGACUGUUGGUUAUUUUACAGUUCUGUAUUGUUUCAGUAUGUAUUUUAUUUUGGAUUUGAUUUGUUUAACAAGCAUGUUGAAAAGGAUUUUCUGCAACAUGGCUUGGGCACACCUUACAGUAACUCAGCAUGUUUUGAUAAAGAUGAUAUUUGGAAUUUUUGCAGUUUCUUGUACAGUGCAUGUCAACUUCAUUACUUUUCUCCCUCACCUUGAAUUGAACUCUACAGCAAAUUAGUUCUUGGUCAUCCACGGCCAGUUAUUGAAGUUUCAACAAAAACAUUCCACCCCCAAGGUCAUAUUUUCUUUCAGGUUUUUGAGAAAAAAAAAAGUGACAAGGAAAAUAUUUUAUAUUUAAUGGAGGUUGACGAAACAGUUGUGAUUGCAAGUGUAUUUUAUUUCAGUAUUGUUGAUGAACAUGCAAAAAUAAUCUGUAUUGGUACAGCAAGAGGUCUAUACCUAAUCAAGAGGCAGCAAACAUGCAAGAGCUGUGUGUUGCUGUGGUUCAAUUUUACAGGCACUGUUUGUGAAAAAGAGCUAAUCACAAGUUCAAAUAACAAGGGAUAUUGCCACAGAAAAUGUUUUUUUCUUGUUUUAAUGAAAAUGAAAUUAAUUUACUAUAUUUUUGUUAGUUUUAUUUAAAAGCCAAGACCAGUUUAUUUUUUAUUUUCUAUUUUUAGUAAUUAUAAAUACUUCUCAUGUCUGGGAAGUAUAUGAAUCUUAUAGUUGCAGUAUGUCUGAAUGAAAUUGAACUGAGGCAUUAUUCCUUUUCCACAUGACGAUAAUGCGUUUUAAUGUCCAAGAAAACCUUGUUGCUGUAACAGGCUACAGUAUAUAUUUUCGUUUCGAUUUUCAUUGUACAUACCUUUAGAUGUCAGAAUUUGAAUAAACAAGCUACCAUGAAUAGAUUGAUAGACUCUUUUGGAACAGGAAGAAUGCCUCACAUGAUGACAAAGACAUAUGUUAUUUAUCCUUUUGAAUGCCUUUUAAUUUUCUCUUUUUGGUGCAAUGUGUUAAUGCCAAGGCUAUGUCUUGGUUAAGUAUGGUUGAGUACAGAGAUUUAUGUAAGUUAUUUUUCAAAUUAAAAAUAAAAAAAUGAUAUUACACUGA